UCGUUUGAUAAAACGAAAACACUGUGUGAAUACGCCAGAAACAUGAUCGUUUUGUGCUUGCUUCCUUGUUUGUCAUUGCCGUCAAAUGUUAGGUAUUGAAAGACUUUAAUGUGGCAUAGGCUAGGGUCUAUCACACGUAUAUUUUCAACCACAGUAAUUCACAAUUAUGUCGGAGAAUAGAAACGUAGAUGACGAUAAUGAUGAAUUUGAUAAAUAUUCACCGGAGCAUCGUUCGUCAGCUACAGCAGGCAGCAGCUUAACGAAUCCCCGAGACGUCGUGUUCGACGAAGACCACACGCCUGUGACCCGUGGUGGGGCUUACGAAAUUUUGAUCAAGAAAAGUUGCGUAUUCUGCAAAAUAGCUCACGAAGAAGAAGGAAGACUUUUUGCCAAACCUGUUUUUCAGAAUACAGAGGUGACAGUAUUUUCUGAUAUAAGUCCUGCAGCCAAAGUCCACCUGUUAGUCAUUCCAAACUCGCAUAUUUCAAACACAAGACAACUGAAAAAGGAACAUGUUCCAUUAUUGGAGUACAUGUUUGCAUCUGGUGCAGGUGGCUUGGAGAUUCUAGGUGGCAGUAUAAAUGAAGCCAGAGUGGGGUUUCAUUGUCCGCCAUUCACAAGUAUGGAUCAUCUUCAUAUGCACAUCCUGUAUCCAGAGACUAGUAUCAGAUGGUUGAACAAACUUUUUUUCAGGCCAGAUUCCUAUUGGUUUACUCUGUAUGACACAAUGUUGAAGUCACUUCACAAUAUGGAGGGCCCUGAUGUUAAGUCUGUCUCAUUCCCGUCUUUCACCAGAAGUGAUCCUGAGGAGUCAUCAAGCAGGGGCGAGUCAGAGGCGAUUACUCCAAAGGUUGUGGUUGAGAAUGAAAAACAGGAUACAGGAAAGGAAGUGAAUUUAAAUAAUUCCAGUAAGGAAAACACAGAGGAAUUACAGAAUGGGGAGUAAAACCAGUGCAUAGAUAAAGUAUGAUUUUGAUACUAAAAAUCAACAAAAUUGGUUAUAAAUGUAGCAUCAUUUUGAAUGCCAGUAGUAUUUGAAAAGUGUAAUUUUUGAUUAGAAUUUAUUUUAUGAAUUUAUAAUGAUAUAAUUUUGUUUUGAUUAAACUAAUGUACUCUAACAUUUAAUCUCAUAAAAGCAACAAUAUUUUAAUAAUUUUCAGUGCUGAGGAUUAAGUGAAUGUGAGCCCAUUAAUGUUGACAAUGUAAUACUGAGUGUCUCAUUACAGUCACGAAUUGCUGACUGUCUAGCAGAAGCACAUAAUAUAUUAGAUAUUACGUGCUGUCUACAUAUCUUAGACAUGCCUACUAAGACACUAACUAUAGAUAUGGAUAGAAAAUGCUGAUUUUAAAACAAUCACAAAAUGUACUGUACACCCACAAAUAGGAAAUAGAUAUGGAUUUGUAUCGAUGUUCUAACUUCCAAGUAAAAUGAUAUCAUCACAAAAACUAUGCUAAAUUAUAGAUUAUCCCUUUUUUUUCUUUUUUGCAACCUGACUCAAAAUGAGCUUCACAAAUAAGUAUAACAUGUGAGUCAGCAACAGAUGGUGAUGUGCUACAGAGCAUAAAUGUUUGAGGAAAUAAAUAUAUUUCUUUAUAGUUAGAUUGAAAUGCAAAUUACUGUGGAAAAAUCAAUGCUGAUAGGAAAUGAUGAUUGAGAUUAAAAAUUAAUAUUGCAGAUAUAUUGUCUGUAGUCAAAUAUGAACAAUAGAUAGACUGAGAUUGUUCCUUAAUUAAUGAAACACCGAUCACAAUACGAAAUUCCUUUAAUUGAAUUAUUUAUACUUGUUAAUGUUUUGUCGUAGUAUCUUAAACAAGGUGUGUUGCUCUUGAAAUUUACCCAUAUAUGAAUGCAGACAUUUAAUGAAAUUCACCAGCUAAAAAUAGUGUUGUUUGUAUGCUAUCAAUGAUUCAAAGUUUAGCCCACAGUAAGGUUUUGAUCACAUUCAAAGGCAUUUUUAAUCUAUCUGAAAUGAUUUGCUGCCAUACUUAAAUCCAAAACGCUUCAUCAGUGUCUGCUCAAAACCACAUCUCUGUGAUAUUUUAUUACAGUUGUAAUUUUCGUCUUUGAAUUUGGGUUUCCGCUAUCAUCUGAAGAACGUAUAUCCACCAUGCAUUUUGUCAGUUUUAUUGAGGCAUGUUUUUUUUUUUAAUCAUUACAUUAACAGUUUGCUAAAGGUAGUUGUGAAUUGAAUGAAUGCCCUGUAGAUUGAUUUUGUAGGUGUGAGUCAGAUGGGAUAUGCAACUACCUUGAAAAUUAUACAUAAUUAAGAAAAUUCCAAUAUGCCUUAUGAAGUAUAGAAGAAAGACUAAUAAUGUGACGGGCCUAAUUUUUGUAUUUCAAUUAAGUUGACGUGUCUACUGAAUAGUAAUUUAAUAGUUAAUAUAAUGCAUAAGAAACAAGCUAUUUCAGUAUUGCAUAUUUCAUUGCAUUCAUAAAUUUUAAUAUUCAGUACAGUACUGAUCAGAAUGGUAAUGUUAAUUGACUCCUAUUAGCUUGUGCUAUAUAAUCUGCUUUUGAAUUGCAGAUUCCAUGUAAUUAUUUGCUGUACCAGAAAACCACUAACUUAUUGCAUCCAAAGUACCAUCUUGGUAUAAUGGCCAAACCCACCAAAUGGAUAUUAAAACAACAAGAAUAAAAGCUGCAAAGGGCAGCCCUAGGCCCUGGAGUAGCUAAUAUAUGAGGCCCCAAUGGCGGGGCUGUCUGUGUCCCCCUCCCACAGAGUUGAGGAGAAUAGAGGAUUGGAUGAGGCCCUCAAAGUCCAUGGAAUUUUAGGUAUUUAGAUGCAGUACUGCUUAGAUGUAUGAUUUUUAUUUUCCCCAGGUGAGGCCGGGCCCCACCUGCCCUGGCCUAUUGGUGCUACUGACAAAUUGAACACCACCCAAAACUAUCAAAAUGCCAACAUGUAAUUAUUUUUAUUAGUAAUAUAAUUAUUAUUUUUGCAAGGCUUAGAGGUUAUAGAAGCAUUCACAAUCUAAGAAGAGAUAUUCUUCAUUUUUAUUAAUAGAGGAUUUACAUCAAAAUUAUGUAUCAGUUACUAUUGCAGGUCAUCAAAAAUUGAAACAUACUUCACUCACCAACAGGAUUGAACUACUUUGAGUAUUUUGUGCUCUGCGAUGUAUUUUAUAAUUUAGCAUUCAUCUCUGUAUGUGUAUUAGCCCCACCUACAUAAGGUGAACUUAUAUUUAAACUUAAUGGAUUUCAUUAAUAAUUACUAUUUUGGAAUACCAAAAUCUUUGUUAUAAAUUAUAUUAAACUCAACAUCUUCAGUGUAAAAGCCAUCAAGAAAUUAAUACAAAUUUUAUAUACAGUAUUUAGGUCUUUUAAUGUGCCAAUGUAAUUCUUAUUCACUGUUCAAUAGAUGUAGUAUGUAACCCUAUCAUUGUGUUAAUUUAAGAUAUUUCCAAGCUGAAAAAGAUAUACGGUAUCUAAUGUCAGUAUCAGGUGCAGUACAGUCUUGUUCCUAUAUUGGGAAUUUAAAAAAAAAAUGAAAAUGUUCUUUGUGUAUGUAUUCCCUGUGGGAAGUUCCUGGAUUUAAUCAGUGAUAUCUAUUUUUUUUGUGUGCAUCAUUUUAAACUAUGAUGAUAAAAUAAUAAUAAUAGUGUAGAGAAUUAUCUAUGUUUUUCUUAUACCAGCUCAUCGAAUUUUAAACCUGAUUCUUAAAAUAUGAAUUUGAAACAUAAAUAGCUAUUAUAAGUAUGAAUAUAUUUGCUUAAAAUACUUUAGUUAAUAUAGUAUUUGAAAAGUUUUAUUAUACACUAUUUUAUUUAGGUGUGAUUUAAUAACAUUAGUUUUUAAUUAUCAUAUUAAUGCAAAUAUAUAAUUUGUUUCAAAGCUCCAAAUUUAUUGCACUGUAUAUUGAAAAAUUAAAUAGUUCAAAAUGCUUAAA